AUGGCUGCCCUCAAUAUCAUGCAGCCUGCAAUGGCCCCUAUCAUGCAGCCUGUGAUGGCUAUUCCCACUACUGUGCAGCCAAAUAUGCCCCCCCUUGUUGUCAUUAAUGUCAGGCCCAAUGUGAAAAAACAGAUUGUAGAUUGUGCAAAACGAAGAAUCACAAGAUUUGUCUUGACAAUGUCUGCAAUGGCUGGUACUGAUGAUGAGAAGGCAGCACUUGUUUCUCUCACAAUUUCAGAGGCGACAUCUGUGCUAGUUACAAUCAAAACAACAAGUAAUCAACAUCAGCAAGUGAUGGUCACAUGGCACAACACUUUUUGCAAGCUAUUGGCCAUGGUACAGAGUUGUCUCGCCUUGGGCUACAGUUUCUACCACCCACUAGACUCCAGUCUCAUGCCGGUCCAAUUUUGUGGCCAUGUCAUAACUGCAUUGAUUAACAAUAUUUGUAACCCAUUAGCCUUCAUGCAUAAGUUUACGGUCGACGCAGACAGGAAUGUCACCAUACUUGAUUGGGUUCUCGAUGAUCCCUUGAUAUUUCAUGUUGCUAUCUAUUUCAUAUGGUGCAGUGACCUUAGCAUCUCAGAAUUUCUCUCCACCUCAACAUCACACCAACUCCAACAACUCAACUAUGCCAUCACCACUAUUGGAGCAGUUGCCAAGUUAGUGCUGCAGGAGCAGAUUCCUCAUCCACCAGUCAUCCUGCCAUUCACACAACUUGAAGGGAGUGAGACUUCCGACAACAUCAUGCACCAUAUUGGUAACCUGGACAGCGUCCAGAAAACUGUGUUUGACUAUCAGAAAUCUCACAUGCUAAACAUUGGGGACUUGCAGGUCUUGUCCACCAACAUACUAGCUCAACUUGACAUGAUGAUGGCUGAAGUACAGUAG